UCCUUUGCUUUCCUUCUUCUCUUUCUCUCUCACACACACUCUUGGGUCUCAAGACUCUCUGCUGUGAUUCUGAUACCUGCAUAAGACACACUCAUCUUCUGAAGGAUGGCCAGGACUCAUACUGUGCUACUCACACUGCUGCCCACCGUCCUCAUUCUAAUUGUUCUGGCUGGGGUUGAAAGUGCAGCUGUUAAAGCUGGAAAAGACACUGAAGCUCAACCAGGAGCAUCUAAACGAGUUUUCAUGCCAGCAUCUGAUGCCUCAAACUUCUUCAAACGCCGCGGUCGCAGAUCCCCGAGAACUUAUGAAGAGUACUAUGCGGAGCAGAGGGUGAAGAUGGCUACAAACGAGCGCUUAGAGGAACAAAACAAUGAACAGGAGAACUAUUUAGAGGAGGAGCGCGAUGAGCAGUACGAGAGGACCAGAGAGAAGAAUCAGCAGUGGAGAGAAUUCCAUGGGCAAUACCCACGAUACCCUCACCACCGCUACUAUGUCUGAGCACAUAUGAGCACGUGCAGUGCCUCGGAAAGUGGAUAACCAUCUUUGAGGAAUAUUUUCAUGACAUUAUAUUAUUAUUCAAUUAUUCAUUAGCACUUACAGAUUAAAUACCCUUAUACAUAUAUAAUAAAAGGGUUUGUUUGGAAUGUAACAAUAUCCCGCUCUGUUCUAAUUGCUUAUCUUUACUCUUUUAAUGGAUUCUUUAUCAAAACAUUCAUGAUCAGUUUGUGAUUUUAAGCUUUUUUCCAAGAGCAACUCCUUAUUUCCUUCUUCAGUAAUUACGUACAGCUGUCAUCUGACCUCCCUUUUAAUAACUUCGGGUCUGUACUGAUGUGCGACUAAAGCUCUUCUCAUUUUCUGGAUUAGUGAGGGUUCGAUAUAAAACAUACCAACCAGAAUUAUAAAAAAGCAAAGGAGAAAGCCAAUAAAAGAAAAAAUGUAAAGGAUCUGACUUUUGCACCAUCUUGUAAACUCAUAAACAUGGUAUGUAUGUAUGUAUAUAUAUAAUAAAAAGGUCAGGUUUGUGCACCUA